GGUGACUCACCCGGCACCGCCCGGCCGGUUCUUAAGCUCCGGGCUGCGGGGCGCGCUCAGGGCUUCCCUCCGCCUGCAGGUCCAGACGAGUCUUAGCUGCCGCCGCUGAGCCGACUUUCCGAGGACCCACGCAGCCGCCAGCCAGCCAAAAUGCCCAAGCCUAUCAACGUCCGGGUGACCACGAUGGAUGCGGAGCUGGAGUUUGCCAUCCAGCCGAACACCACCGGAAAGCAGCUGUUUGAUCAGGUGGUAAAGACUAUCGGCCUCCGGGAAGUGUGGUACUUUGGCCUCCAGUAUGUAGACAAUAAAGGAUUUCCUACCUGGUUGAAACUUGAUAAAAAGGUCUCUGCACAGGAGGUUCGGAAAGAGAACCCCGUCCAGUUCAAAUUCCGGGCCAAGUUCUACCCAGAGGAUGUGGCUGAGGAGCUCAUCCAGGACAUCACGCAGAAGCUCUUCUUCCUCCAGGUCAAGGAGGGUAUCCUUAGCGACGAGAUCUACUGUCCUCCAGAGACGGCCGUGCUCCUGGGGUCCUAUGCGGUUCAGGCCAAGUUCGGAGAUUAUAACAAGGAAAUGCACAAGGCUGGCUACCUCAGCUCUGAGCGACUGAUCCCUCAGAGAGUCAUGGACCAGCACAAGCUCAGCAGGGACCAGUGGGAGGACCGCAUCCAGGUGUGGCACGCGGAGCACCGAGGGAUGCUCAAGGACAGUGCUAUGCUGGAAUACCUGAAGAUAGCCCAAGACCUGGAAAUGUAUGGGAUCAACUAUUUUGAGAUCAAAAAUAAGAAAGGAACAGACCUUUGGCUUGGAGUCGAUGCCCUUGGACUAAACAUUUAUGAGAAAGAUGACAAGUUGACCCCAAAGAUCGGCUUCCCUUGGAGUGAAAUCAGGAACAUCUCUUUCAACGACAAGAAGUUUGUCAUUAAGCCCAUCGACAAGAAGGCACCUGACUUUGUGUUCUACGCCCCCCGCCUGAGAAUUAACAAGCGGAUCCUGCAGCUUUGUAUGGGGAACCAUGAGCUGUACAUGCGCCGCAGGAAGCCCGACACCAUUGAGGUGCAGCAGAUGAAGGCCCAGGCUCGCGAGGAGAAGCACCAGAAGCAACUGGAGCGCCAACAGCUGGAAACCGAGAAAAAGAGGAGAGAGACCGUGGAGAGAGAGAAGGAACAGAUGCUCCGGGAGAAGGAGGAGCUCAUGCUCCGCCUGCAGGACUAUGAGCAGAAGACCAAGAGGGCCGAGAGAGAGCUCUCCGAGCAGAUUGAGAAGGCCCUUCAGCUGGAGGCAGAGAGGAAGCGGGCGCAGGAGGAGGCUGAGCGGCUGGAGGCCGACCGCGUGGCCGCGCUGCGGGCCAAGGAAGAGCUGGAAAGGCAGACUCAGGAUCAGAUGAAGAGCCAGGAGCAGCUGGCUGCGGAGCUGGCAGAGUACACUGCCAAGAUCGCCCUGCUGGAGGAGGCCCGGAGGCGCAAGGAGGACGAAGUGGAGGAGUGGCAGCACCGGGCUAAAGAAGCCCAGGAUGACCUGGUGAAGACCAAGGAGGAGCUGCACCUGGUGAUGACGACGCCCCCACCCCCACCACCCCCAGCGUACGAGCCUGUGAAUUACCACGUGCAAGAGGGACUGCAGGAUGAGGGGGCAGAGCCCAUGGGCUACAGUGCUGAGCUCUCCAGCGAGGGCAUCCUGGAUGACCGCAACGAGGAGAAGCGCAUCACCGAGGCUGAGAAGAACGAACGUGUGCAGCGGCAGCUGCUGACUCUGAGCAACGAGUUGUCACAGGCCCGGGAUGAGAAUAAGAGGACCCACAAUGACAUCAUCCACAACGAGAACAUGCGGCAAGGCCGGGACAAGUACAAGACGCUGCGGCAGAUCAGGCAGGGCAACACCAAGCAGCGCAUUGACGAGUUUGAGGCUAUGUAGAGGCCAGGGGCGGAGGGCACCUUCACAGCAGGGGGUGUCACACUUGGUUCUUUAGUACUCUUUAAGUCUAGAAACCCCCUUGACGUGUUCCAGUCCCUUAAAAGAGCAGUUACCGGCAGAAGUGUUCUGCCCCAGGACCCGGUGGGACCCUCCCUGGUUACUUCUAAUUGUAUCACAGUGCCAAACAGGCCAGAUGUUUAUGACAGCUACCGAAUCAGGGAUUUGGAUGGCUCUAAAUCUAAAACUUCAGGCUGGCCCGUGUGACACAAGGUUCAGUGUCACUGGGGACAGCACUGUGGCCUACACACGGGUGCCAUACCCUCUCUAGUUUUGAAAUGAGCUCGGAUCGAUUUUUGUCCUCAAUUUUUAUGAAGGAUCCAUCUCUGUGUUUGGAGGGGUGAAAAUGAUUUUGAAAUUUGGGUCUAAAGUACGCUCCCUCGAGGGGUUCCUUCCUCUAGACUGCUGGCAGAGUGAGUCUGCGGCAGUCCUUCAGAGUGUACAGUAUGGGGACUCUCUGACACAUACCUGGCCGCGUAUGUUGUUGGACUACACACCCAGUGAUCUGCUAUAGAGAAUAGUAUUUAUGUGUAAGUGAUAAUAUGGGUUUGUAACAUUAGUUUUAAAAAGGGAAAAAAGUUUUGUUCUGUAUAUUUUGUUACCUUUUACAGAAUAAAAGAAUGAAAUAUUAAGAA